UUUCUGCUCAAUGAGCCAACCUCUCUCUAAGUUAGCCAGAAAUGUAUGUUUCUGCUUCUUUUGGGUAAUGCCUUGAGUGGCUGGGGGCAGAGUCCUCAGGAAGGUGUAGAGAAGGCCCUGACCCAGAAGACGGGUGGCCAUAGCAGCAUACUGGGAUCAGCUCACUCUAGCAGCCACUGAGCACCUGGGAGUGCCUUGUGAUGGAAGAAAACCUACCAACAGACUGACUGCAUGGAAGGAGAUCAUACCAGGGAGAGAUAAGCAACAACAGAUAGGCAGGCGAGCCUGGAUUGCAACUACUACCAAUUGCCUGGUAUUCCACCCUGGAGAGAUGCAUCGGAAGCCAAGAUUUCCCAAGUGGGUCUAUUAUGCCUUCCUCUUUGUGACACUGGGACAUAACUGUUCUUCCUCCAGCCAGAUAACAGUGGAUCCUCCUCAUAAUCUGAAGAUUGUGGAUCCCGGAUUUUUAGGUCAUCUAAAUUUGCAGUGGGAGCCCCCGCUAACGUUGAGCAUGUUACAGCACUGUACGGUAGCAUAUGAAUUGAGAUACCGGAACACUGACAGUGAAGACUGGCAGACCAUCAUUACGAAGAAGUUAAAUUUUGAAGAUGGCUUUGACCUCAACCAGGGAGUUGAAGCAAAAAUUCAAACGCUCCUGACAGGCCACUGCACCAAUGGAUCGGAUGUUCACAGCAAAUGGACACAGACUUCUUUCUGGAUUCCCUUGCAAGGAGAACCAGAGACCAAGAUCCGGGAAAUGCAGUGUAUCUAUUAUAACUGGAAAUCUCUACACUGCACUUGGGAACCAGGAGAAAAAAUUCCUGAAGGGGCAAAUUACAAUUUGUAUUAUUGGUAUGAAGGCCUAGACCAUGCUCUCCAGUGUGCUGACUACAUAGAAUCUAAUGGAAGACAUGUUGGAUGCCGGUUUCCAAGCAUGGAGUUUGCAGAGUAUCGAGAUUUCAACAUCUGUGUCAAUGGAUCUUCAUUAGCCCUUCCCUUGAGGGCCACCUACUUUUCUUUUCAUCUUCAAAAUAUAGUGAAGCCGUCUCCCCCCGAACAGCUAAAUCUGACCCAGAGGAAACCUGAAGAAUUUCAGUUGCAGUGGAAACCUCCUGAGGGCCCCAUCCCUUCUCACUGCCUGACAUAUGAAGUUCAGUUCCAAGAAGAUGAUGCUUCCUGGGAGUCCACAUCCACAGAAAAGGAAAUGAUCACCCUGCAAAAGUCAAAUGGGAGUAGAAGAUUCUGCAUCUGGGUCAGAGACAAAGUGAAUAUUUACUGUGCCAGUGAAGGGUUCUGGAGUGAAUGGAGUUCCCAGCAGUGCUUAGAAGAGCAACAAGAAGAUGACAGGUGGCUUCUCUUUAUUGUCAUCCCAGUCAGUUUAGUCAUGCUAAAUGCCAUCCUGGUAGCUGCAUUGUUUGUACAAAAACAAAGAAUCUAUUUGAAGCAGGUUCUUGGCAAAAAGGAAGUGCAUUUCUACCAAGAGGCAAUCUGCUGAUAAGCCAUCUUUCUUCCAUUCACACAUCCAGCUGGCUGCCCCUUUCAUAGCAGGAAGAGAGAUUGACUAAACCUUAUUCAUUGACACUCUGAGGACUCUUCUGGCACCCCGUUUCCCCCAGGAUCACCUCUGAAAGCAGCAAUGGCAUAUUUCAUACUACUUUAGAACACACACACAUAUGUACAUACAUGUACAUAUAUGUAUACAUAUACAUACACACGUACACAUAUGUAUACAUACACCUCUAUAUAUAUUUGGAGGGAGUUGCUUAUAGGAGAGAAUAAUCACCUUGUGUUGUAAGCUUUCUAGUUCCCACUAAUAGGUCUGCUUCUCACGAAUCUUUAAUGUUGCACAAUAGAAAGCCCAGGGACAAGUCUGUUUUUUUAAAAAAUGAUCUGUUCUCAAAAAUAUGUGAUUUCAUAACUUGUACCAAGCUGAGCCACACAGACUUUGCCAAAUCCUGAUGAGUUUCCAGUUCGUUAAAACUUGCCCUUUAGGUAAGUGUCUGGACUAUGAAUCACAUUGUUUAGAAGAAAAAUAGCUGCAGGCAUGAUGGAGUGACAAGGAAAUUAUUUAAGACACAUGUACCCAUUCUUCAGAUGGUGGUGCCUCAGGUUGGAGUGUUUGAGUGUGGGCGUGUUAGGGGGGACAGGGAGGAAAUGGAACAAAUGAGGUGACACAGAAGUCAACUUUAAGGACUUAGAAGAAUCCAGCUACUCUGCAGAGAGAGCAGAGGACUUUCUUGUGCUUCCUGGUAGUUCUGAUUGGGUGAUAGAGAGACCUGAAGUCCAAAGGAAUUCGAUGGGAAAUUAGCAAGGAGGUAUUUUUAAAAAAGGGCUUCCAACCGACAGAGCAAUCCCAGCCACUCACAUGUAGGCACUUCCUUGCAAACGUCAUGAAUUAUGGAUGGUGACUGUCAACACAGGGGAUCAGGGUGGGGGUGGGAGGUGCUUUGAGAGUUGGGUAGGGUUUGGGACAGAAAGGCUGACAAGUAGAAAGAAUCCGCAAGAUGCAGCUGUCAACAAAGUCCCACCCUAUAGCACUGUGCCUUCUCCUGAAGGAGAGUCCAUCCAGCAGUAUGAUCUUGUGUCCCUAGGCUCCUUGGCCAUCUCCUCUUUGGAGCCUCAGUACAGUGAAGAGAUGGUCCCUGAUGAAAUAGCUGGUCACAGGACCUAGAUGCCUGACAAAACUCAGGGUGAGAAUAAUGAGAAUGGCCAUUUUUCUAGCACUUUAAAGUUUCUAUAAAGCAUUACAUACAUGAUCUCAUUUGAUCCUCAAAUACCUCUGUGAGGGUCAUCCCGUAGGUUUGGUUGGGUUUGGUUCAGACCUGUGAUUCCACCACUUUCAGGUCCGUAGGUAGGGUCUUGGAGGGUUGCCCAGAGAGUUUUAGUGAAUUGCUUGGGGUCAUACAGGUCAUGCCUCACAUGGUACUUUGGCCCAGGAAUCCAAUGUAGGCAGGCAGUCACAUAGCAUUUAUUAAGUGCCUACUAUGUGACUGGCCCUUUGCUAAUGAAAAGGGACACAAAGAGAGGCCAAAGGCAGUCCCUGCUGUCAAGGAGCUGUGUCUGAUGGGAAGACAACAGAAUAUGGAGCAGAGAGAAGGCACCGACAUUAAGGGGGACCAGAAAAGUCUUCUGGCAGAAGAGACGUAAAGGAAGGCAGUGGGGGAAGCCAGGAGCUCUGCUGCAGGGCCUGCCUUCUCUCCACUCUCCCCACAGGGCUGAGGAGUCUCUAGAGGAGAAGACCUAGAGGGGAAUGUGUUUGAAAGGCCAGUCUGUCCAAUAGGGAUUAGCUGAUUCAGUUGGCUGUGCCUCACAGCAGAGUUUGGAGUUGUGGGGAGGCCUAAAGUGAGAGUGAUCCAGGAGGCAGUGGGCUGGAUGACCCUUUUUGGGCAUUUCGUUGAGACAUUGAGUAAGUCCCUUCACCUUUCUGAGGGCCCGAUUUCCUCAUGGGUAAAGUGAGGGGGUUGGACCAGAUGCUCUCUCUAUCAACACAAAUUGAAGAGAAAGAAGAGAGAGAAUUUUGGGGUGUGAGGAUGAGCGUGAGCACCCUCCAAAAUUCCAACAGAUCGGUGAACUCAGCAAUGUGGAGACUGCCUUCAGUGGUGCAGAUUUCUUUGCCUCCGUUCAACCUUCCUGUGGAAUCCCACAGCAGAAUGCUUGGUCAUCUCCCAUCACCACGAGGUUAUCUAUCAGUGGGCACUAGGGCUACCCCUCACUUGAGUCUGAUAAAGUUCAUGACCAGCCUCUGAACACAAGUUCAAAAAAGAGCUAUUUACAUAUUUGGAGCAAAAGAAGGUAUUAAAAAUGCCAGGCAGUGAUUGUCUUCUGCUAGGUGGCACUGCAGUGGAUAGAGUGCCAGGCCUGGAGUCAGGAAGACCAAAGUUCAAAUUCAGCCUCAGACACUUCCUAGCUAUGUGACUCUGGGCAAGUCACUUAACUGUUUGUU